CUCCUCGUCCUCGUCGUCGAGGACAAUCCGCUGAACGCCAAGAUCCUCACGACGCUGCUGCGGCGUGCUGGCCUCGAAUACAUCGAGGCCAAGGACGGCCGCCAGGCGGUGGAUCUGUUUGAGCGCCACCGGCCCCGCGUGGUACUGCUUGACAUCAACAUGCCCAUCAUGAAUGGCUUCGAAGCCUGUCAGGCCAUGCGGCGGCUGCAGGAGGCGUGGGGCCGGCCCAACGAGGCGCAUACAAUCAUUGCCGUCACCGCCCUCAGCUCCGAGGCUGACAAGCUGCGGGGCCAGGAGGCGGGCGUCGACGAAUGGCACACGAAGCCGCUCCGGCUCAGCGGCCUCGUGGCCAAGCUGCAGCGCUGGAGG